UCAAACCCACGCUAUGGCUCUUUUGGCAGGGGCUAUAAGACAAGGUAAUAAACCAGCAGGAAAUUGUUUUAAUUGCAAAAAACCGGGACACUUUAAAAGCCAGUGUAGGGCACCCGGAGGGGGAGCACAUAAAGGAAGGCCCCAGGAAGGGGGUAGGCCCUCCAAAAAAUGUCCUAAAUGCAACAAGGGGUAUCAUUGGGCAAAUCAAUGUCGAUCAGGACUAGGGCAGGGAAACCAGUGAACGGGCCCUCCCCGGGCCCCGGAAAAACAACGGGGGCGGAAGAAUUGAUUAGAGCGCAACCGGCAACGACCGGCAGUGCUGGAAUAGACUUGUAUAAUCAAGAAGAAAAAUCCUCAUUCUUACCGGGGGAAGUUCUUUUAAUGCCUACUCAACUAAAAGGGCCCCUUCCUGAAGGGACGGUGGGCAUUAUACUCCCUCGGUCAUCAGCAAGUAAACAAGGAAUUAUGGUAGUUCCAGGAGUGAUUGAUGCUGAUUAUCAGGGAAAAAUAUAUGUUCAGUAUUGGAGUCACCUGCCUUUUACUUUAAGACGAGGGGACUCCUGGGCACAAAUGAUACUGUUGCCAUAUGAGCUCCCUGGAGAAAAAUCACAGGUAACACGUACAGGAGGUUUUGGAUCCACCCGCACUGAAGGCGACAGCGACUCUUCCUUUCACCCACAGGUGGCGGCGUUGGUACACCGAAUAUCCCUGCACAAACCUCAACUGAUGGGAAAGCCAUCAGCUUUAAAAACUGACAAUGGCCCAGCCUAUUGCUCUUCAGCGAUGGCAGCGUUCUGCACGCGAUGGGGAAUCACGCAUACCUUUGGCAUCCCAUACAAUUCCCAAGGACAAGCCAUUGUAGAACGAGCUAAUCGCACAUUAAAAACUGGCACAACGGCAUUAUCAGGUUCUUCCUGCUCCAAAGGGGGAAGUUUAACCUUGUAUAAACUUGAAUAUGAGGAUCAAGGGCGAUAUGAGGUGCUCAUCAUAGCUACCUUUCAAACCAAAACAGGAAACAAAAAAUAUGUCCAGAAUAUGACAUUUGAACUUAGAGUUCAGGACCCAGUUAUUGACUAUGAUGUUGAUCAGUCAAGAACAAAUGAUGUAAAUUGUCCAGUAUUAAACCCAGGACCUGUUAGUGGUCUUACCACAACACCCAUGAUGGGAAAAAUAAUUAAUCAAGUUCAAUUUAUGCAUAUUCCUGUAGUGCUAAAUUUGUCUAAUUGGUACUUGGGAGAAUUUAGCUAUUGUCAGCAUACCAAAGUAGCUUCCUUUUUCUCAGUACGACUUGUGGAUAGGAUUGUAGCCUAUCAGCAGGAUAUUGUUCUGUUGAAGGAUGAUGAAGUCCCUAAGUCACCAACUCUUAGGAGAAAACGUAGCUUAAAUCUCCUUGGAGGUUUAGGAUCCCUAACAGGACUAUUUGGCGCAGGAAUGUCAAUUUGGAACCAGGCGGAUAUUGGAAAAAUCCGCAAGCAUAUAGAUUAUGUGUUAAAAGAGGAAGCUAACCGAGUAGUCAAUCCAAUGUUACAGAAUAAAGGGAUUGGCACAGGAAGAACGAUUUACUGUUUAUAA